AACCAGACUUGCUUCAGCUCAUGUCUUCCAGAAGCUCAGCAGAUCAUCAGAAUCUAUGAUUCAGACCAGGAUGAGGGAGCUUUCUGGUCAAGAAAUGGUUUCCUUCCUUCUUGCACCAACCUGUCCCGGGUCUUUGUUCAGUCUCAGUGUCUCACCUGCAUGGACCGCUCCAUCACACCUGAGACUGUCCACGUCAGGUGUCKCAACCUGUCCAACAUAAAUCUGAUGAUGGAGGGUCCUGACGGCAGAAUCCACUUCAACAAGACCAUGUGUCCUCCGUCUCCCACUCCCCACUCACUUGAGACUCACCAGAGAGGACGUCUUUUCCUGGUCCUGCCAGCUGGACUCUUUAUCUGCUCUAUCUCCAUUCUUUUGGUUCUUAAACGGUGUCGAUCACAGGAGGACAGGAACAGAGGCUCUGAGAACAGGAACCUCACCUGUGAGGUCUGAAAACUCACGACKGGAAGACGCCUGUCCUCAGGAACAAACCUAAAGCUUUAUCUCUGCRCACUUUAUACUGAAACAAGCAUUUCUUCCUUUCCUGCUCUGUUCUUCUCUAGCCGACUCUAAAGGUUUUUGCACACAGACAAGUUAAAAAAGAAAAAGUCUGGUUUUUUUCACUCAUAGAUGAGUUUCAGAGGAGGUCCGGUGGGUUUUAGUUCUGACAUCUGAUUGGUUGUGCUGUAGUAAAACUAUUAACUGUAAGGAUUACUGACAGGAUCUCUGCUGGGGCAGAAGUAGUUGGGCAGCUGUCUCAGGAAGUUGCAGGUUCAGUUUUCGGCCAUGCUCACGUGAGAAGUCAAAUUCAGCACAAAUGUGAGCCGUCAUAUCGAAAUGAGGAUGAAGUCAAAUUUGGAAACAGGGAAAAUCUCAUAAUUUUAAUGCAUUUUUCCACAAAAUCAGUUUUUGUUGUUGCUACUUCACAAAUAAGUACUUCAAAACUUUAGUUUUAUGAUUAUAUUUCAGACGGUUCAUUCAAAAGAUACAUUGAAAAGGCUUUUAUACAUUAUGUUUUGACUAAAUUUCUCCUCAUCCCACUUAGCCUUAACCUUUAUUUUGAUGUGAGGGGUCACCAUGUCCCCCUCCUUCAGGCUCAUGAAAUGUUUGAUCCGUUUUACUUGAUAACUGUCAGGAAACCUUCUGACAUGGUGCUGUAAUCAAAGGAAGAAAACGAGAGGAAAACACAAAAAAGGGAUUAAAAAAAUAAACAAAUCAUGUUUAUUUUUUGUGCCACAUUUUUAACUCACUGUGCCAAAUCCUUUUAAAACGAAAAGAAUAUUUGAGACAGUUUUUAAAAUGUAUUUUUUAUUGCACAUUAAGGACUUUUAAACUGUAUUUAUCCGUUUCUGCUGUUUUUAGAGUUUUGUAUAAAACUACAGUAGUAGUUAUUUUUCUACAUUAUUAUAUUUUGUUAUUGUUAAAGCUGUCACUGGUUUGACUCUCUUUUGGAAACUUUCAAUGUGCUCACUGUGCACAUGUGGGUUUUCUCCUGCAGACCAAAAACAUCAUGUAUUAUAUUUGAAUGUCCAAUAAAUAUUUUCAAAAUCAAAAAA